UUUUAAACGUACAUUUGUAACAGGAAUUCACUUUGAAGUUCUUUUAUUGUAUAUUACACCAGGCCUUGGAGAUUAUGUCGGAUACUAGGCUGAUGGAUACUGAACCGGGUGGUGAGAGUACUCAGUAUGAAUCUAUUCGAGAGUUCACGGAGACACCGCCGAAGCAAACUGGGCAAUUAGGUGGAAAUAUGCCACAUACGAGGAGUGAAAUGAUGCGUCUCUUGGACCCGGAUACCAGUUCAAAGGUGGAAGAUGAGGAUGCCGAAUGGGCAAGGAGAUUUUCAGGACAAAGCGGUGUCAUGGGAGAAGUGGAUAAAGACCUCAAGCCCGAAACCCAAGAUGGCGAUGCAGAAGCAGCGAGGAGUAGGAGACAGCAGGGAUAUGGACCUGGUUCCGGCGUUGGAGCUUAGGAUUUGCCGCGCGCAGAUAUUGUACUAUUACGGUCAAAUGGAAUUCAUGCGAUUCAUUUAUUGAGAAGCAGAGGGGCUGGACGAGGUCGAACUGGGUGGCGUAGACAUGUUUGCCGUGCCCAGGGCUGGACUCCGGCGGGGGCGCUUCAGACUCUCCAGAGUCACGCCGUUGCCGAGCUUCGUCAAGCCGACAACAGGGGGGUCGCCCUUCUUACAGAACUCCCAGAGGC